UUGUUUAUGUUUUGACGACUAAAAAAAAGAAUUAGAUUAAUGAAUUUCAAUAUAUAUGAUGAUAAUGAUGAUAUUUUGCUGAUAAUGAAAUCUAAUUAAUUUAGGUUUGAUAAUUUCGAAAAUGGUUGCCACAAAAUGUCGUUGCCGUUAUAAUGAAUGUCCGGAUGAUUCGGAUUUUGGUACAUGUCAUUUGAAACCGGGAGGAUAUUGUUAUACAUUUUUUGAAGAAAUUAUCGAUGUAGGUGGCCAUACACGUUCGAUUGAAAAACGAUUCGGUUGUUUUUCACCGGGUGAGGGAACUUUAUUACAGUGUAAAGGAUAUUUAUCAUAUCAUGAUGUAUUGAAAAACAUUUCUUGUUGUAAUUCACAUGAUUAUUGUAAUGAUCAUCUAUUAACACAAAUUAAUGAUGGUGAAAUUGUAUAUGAAGAGAAAUUUUCUCUUUUCGAAACAAUUGGUCCAUGGAUCUAUAUGGCUGCUUUUUUAUUGGUCACUAUUUUGUUAUUAAUGGUAAUGGCCAUAUUUAUCAAUUAUAAAUAUCGAAAAUAUUUAGAGAAGAAAGCAAGAGAAUUUCAAAAAAAUGAUUCAUUUUCACAUAAACUUUUGAUAUCACAAGUUACUACAGCUCAUUCAUCGCCAACAUAUUUGAAUAUCAGUAGCAAUGUUAGUGAUUAUAGUGGCGGAAGUAGCGGUAUAUAUGUCAAAUAUCCAUCAAUCAAUACAAGCCAAAAUAUCAGUAAUUAUACGAUGGAAUCAAAUGUUCCAUCAUAUCAUUGCCUUUCAUCGGUAGCAUCAAAUACAACAUCAUCGUUUAUGAGUGAAAAUACUCAACAAACGGUUUUAUCAUCACAAAAAAUAUCCAGUCCAUUGCCACCGGUUAGUGAAGAUUCAAUAACUUCAGGUUCCGGUUCAGGAGUACCACGUAUGGUUCAAUCAACUAUUGCCAAACAGAUUGAUCUAAAACGAAUGAUUGGUGAAGGACGAUUUGGACGUGUUUAUCAUGGUGUUCGACAUUGUGAACAUUAUGCUGUUAAGAUAUUCUUUUCAAGACAUGAAUCUUCUUGGCGACGUGAAGUUGACAUCUAUCAAGGUAUAAUUAUGCGGCAUGAAAAUAUUGUCACAUUUUUGGCCGCUGAUAUUAUUUCUAAUAAUGGUUGCACACAAUUAUGGUUGGUAACCGAAUAUCAUGAGCUUGGUUCAUUAUUCGAUUAUUUGAAUCUAAAUCCAAUCAAAAACGUACCGCAAAUGAUUAGCAUAAUGCGUUCGAUUAUUUUUGGUUUAUCACACUUACAUCUCGAAGUAAUCGGAACACAAGGAAAACCACGUAUUGCACAUCGAGAUAUUAAAUCGAAAAAUAUCCUAAUGAAAUCAGAUUAUUCUUGUUGUAUUUCGGAUUUUGCUUCCGCCACAACUAAAGCAUUAAAUGAUGCAAAAAUUUUGUCCGGAUAUGAUAUUCCAUGUUUUGGAACUGUUCGUUACAUGGCCCCAGAAAUUCUAAACAAUACAAUCAAUAUGGAUCGAAUUGAAGAAUUUUUAUAUACUGACAUUUAUUCACUUGGAUUGGUUUACUGGGAAAUUCUCAAUCGUCUUCAAUUGAAUGAUGGAAGUGCUCAUUGUUAUAGCAAGCCAUAUCAAGAAUAUGUAUCGGAUGAACCUACAUUUCAUGAUAUAUGCCAAACUGUGUGCAUUGAUAAACAUCGACCUACUAUUAGCCAUAAUCAUCAAUUGAUGGCCAAUGAAAAUCUGAUUCUCUUUAAAAUAAUUAAUCUAAUCCAAGAAUGUUGGACUGAAAAUCGUUUUGCACGUCUAACAUCAUUGCGUUUAAAAAAGACCAUUAUUGAUCUUCAACGUGACAUUUAAUAACAAUGAUGAUUAUGAUUACCGAACACUGUAUUUAAAAUCGACUGAAAUUUAAACCACGAAUUUCUUUUAUAUAUAGAUAUUUUUAUGCGUUCAUUCAUAAUGUAUUUUUUUUCCACAUAAUCGCGAUUUUUAUUAUUAUUUCUAAUU